AUGACCACUCGCGGAAUGAGAAAAAAACCCAAGGCAGAAAUUGAAAUUAUUGAAGCAGACCCAAUAGCUACAAAGAUAAAAAAUCAUGCUCAUGCAAUUUAUAAAGGCAAAAUAUACAACAACUUGCCUGUCGAUGCCCAAACAGCAAUCUGUCUUGGAUUCAAUUCCACGCUCGAUUUAAGUAACAACAGUGAAACAUCAAACAAUCAGCGACAUCUGUUCAAUGAAGAUGAAUGGGAAAAAAUUAAAAAUGACUACGACGCCAAAGUCAAAUUCGAGGAUAUCCCUGAGAGCAUAAUGACGGAGCUGAAAGAGAUUGAACAUCUUGCUGAAGGCAGUCUUACAAAAGCCUAUCAAGAAUGUUUGAUGAAGCAAGCAAAAUAUGCCUUUACUAAAGAAGAGACAUAUUUUAAAAUAUACGCUCAUGUUACUUCUGUCAUGAAACUUCACCCUGAAUAUUUGGAGGCCUAA